AUGGAUUCUGUCGCCUUUCACACUGCCGACGAGGCUGUUCGUUCCUCCGCGAAGCGCACCGCCGAUCUUUUCGGUACAGAUUAUUUGAUGGUCACACCCACGACAUUGACAGACGACUCGAUCGGCAUCUCCUACCGGCGGCGAGUAGAAUACAAUGAUGUGAAAGAAUUACCCCACGCACUGGCCGAAAUCCAAGCCAAAGCCGCCGCAGGGCGUACGAAACGGCCCCGGAUCCAGCCACAAGCACAGCAAUCAUCCGGCGACGGAAGCGGUGCGUCGAUGUCACUUGUGAAGAGGACACCGGGCGUCGGUGCGGGCGCAGCAGGUGGUGAGGACCAACCCAAGAGCUUGAUUCAGAGACCAUCAGCAACGAAGCAGCAGCGGCCAGACUGGCAUGCGCCAUGGAAGCUCAUGCGUGUGAUCUCGGGCCACCUGGGCUGGGUGCGCGCUCUUGCUGUUGAGCCGAAUAACCAAUGGUUUGCCAGUGGUGCCGGAGAUCGUACGAUCAAGAUCUGGGAUCUGGCGACCGGUAACCUACGACUCACAUUGACCGGUCACAUUUCUACCGUGCGUGGUUUGGCAGUGUCCCCGCGGCAUCCGUACCUUUUCUCGUGUGGUGAGGAUAAGAUGGUCAAGUGCUGGGAUUUGGAAACCAAUAAGGUCAUUCGUCACUACCACGGUCAUUUGAGUGGUGUGUACACGUUGGCUCUACACCCCCGUCUCGAUCUGCUGGUUACUGGUGGUCGUGACGGUGUGUGCCGAGUGUGGGAUAUGCGUACGAGAAGCAAUGUUCACGUUCUCGCUGGCCACAAGGGCACUGUUGCCGAUAUUAAGUGUCAAGAGGCCGAUCCUCAAGUCAUCUCUGGUUCGCUCGACGCUACAGUCCGCCUCUGGGAUUUGGCUGCGGGUAAAUCUAUGGGAGUCUUGACACACCACAAGAAGGGUGUUCGUGCACUUGCCACCCACCCAACUGAGUUCACCUUUGCCAGUGCCAGUACUGGUAGCAUCAAGCAGUGGAAGUGUCCCGAGGGUGCUUUCAUGCAGAACUUCGAAGGACAGAAUGCUGUCAUCAACUCUCUUGCCGUCAACAAUGAGAACGUCAUGUUCUCAGGAGCUGACAAUGGUUCUAUGUCAUUCUGGGACUGGAAGACUGGCCAUCGCUUCCAAUCUAUGGAGACUCAGGCGCAGCCUGGUUCUUUGGAAGCCGAGGCUGGUAUCAUGGCCUCGACCUUCGAUCGUACAGGCUUGCGUCUCAUCACGGGUGAAGCUGAUAAGACUAUCAAGAUCUGGAAGCCUGAUGAGCAGGCUACACCCGAGUCUCACCCUGUUACCUGGGCCCCUAGCCUUGGCCGACAACGGUACUAG